AUGGCUCGACGCCGUGGGCUCCGACUUCCCGAGGAAAGACUGGAGCCCUCGGACGAGCCGCGGACAGUGCAAGUGGGCUGGUCCGCGUUUGCUGCUGGCUGCCUGCGUCUCGGCAGACUGGAUCGUUGCUCCCUGACCUGGUCAAGGAGGGCGCUGAGCGCAGUGGUGGUGCUUGAUGUUUGGGAGAAGCUGUGGCUUGUACCUGCAUUCUACGAGAAUGCCAGGUCAACAUACCCGCUCUUCGCGCUGGAAGAGGAUGCCGGGGUGGCAGCGCGGCUGAACCCCUUUGCCGCUUUUGAGGGUGAUACUUGGCCAAGGAUCCUGCUCGUGCUGACUGCCGUGCUGUCUCUUGGAAUCGCGAGGUGGCGGUGCUGCAGCAUACUGACAUGGCUUCUUGUUGCCAUGUCCGUGCUGCGAAACGUUCAUGUGAGCUUUAUCUUCGACCGGUAUCUCCUGGUGGCUUUGUUCUUUGCAAGCUGCUUGCCCUACGGGGAGCUCCCCGGAGGCUGGUCUGUGGCCGUGGUACUGUUGCGGGCUCAACUGGCCUGGAUCUACAUAGACGCUGGCUACGGCAAAGUGGUGCAAGAGCGAGGGGACUGGUCGCUUGGCGCUGCCGUUCCUGCCUUGGCUGUCUACCUCCGGGCCCCUGCCUUCACCCCUCUGCUGCACCUGGAUGCUGCGCUUGGUGGCUGCGUGCUGCGGGCCGCCGGAGCCGCAGCGGCAUGGGCUGAACUUCUGGUCGGCCCUGCCAUGAUCGCGGCAGCCCUCCACGGUGGUUGCUGGGUGCAAGCCUUGCCCUUUCUCACUGUGAUGCUGCUUCAUGCUGGCAUUGGUGCCUCGAUGGAGGGCGGCUUCGCCAUCGCUUUGGUGGCUUUGGCUACCUGGGUAGCGCUGCUCCCCGGAGCGUUUUGGGAGGCUCUUGGCCUCGCCGUGCGAGGUGGAGGACGCCGCCUGGAUGCGCCGGCAUGUGGUUGGGCGGCCUCGAUUUUCCUCGCUGCCUGCCUGGCCUUCGGCCUCAGCGGCAUGGAGAGCCGCCCAGGUCCGGUCCCAACGGUGCUGCUUCUGAACCGCUGGCGCGUGUUCGCAGGCGCUGACACCACCUUGAACUGGGAGGUGGCCCCAGCUCGCCUCGCCAACGGCAGCACCGUGGAUCUCUGGUCCUGGCAACCAGUAUCAUUUGUGGAGCCGCGCUACGGACGCCGUGGCCGAUGGAUGAGCUUUCCAAGCACCAGGCCUGGUUCUGUGGAAGCUCUCUCGGCCCGCUUUCGGUACUUCUGUGACGAGUGGAAUGGCGCCCACGAAGUGAAGGUGCUGAAGUACCAGUUCUUCGAGCUCUUCGCUGACUUAGGCCCUGAUCUCGAAGUGCAGGCUCCCCGAAAGACGCUCAUUCGCGUUCAGAGCUGCAGCGAGGAGCUUGAGCCGAGCGGAGAAAAAGGGAGCCGCGAGAGGGCGCGAGGGGCGGCAGCCAUGGCGGAUGGUGGGCUGCCCUUCGCAAGCCUCCCUGGUCUGGGAGACAGGGAGCUCGAGGGCUUUCCAGCGGAGAGAUGUCCGGAGCAGAUGCCCGACCUCUCGAGACACUUCAGCAUCACGGCCGAUGUUCUCAAAGAAGAGCCAGCCCUUUAUGACGCGAUGCGAUCUCGGCAGACGCCUAUGGGAGGUGAAGAAGAGCUGACAGGUUGGCUUGAAUACUUUCGAGCUUGGGUCGCGAAGGGCAGGAGGGCGGUAGCGCCAGGAGCAGUGGCGGGUGACGCAGAUUGCUACGACACUUUCCAGCCGUUCUUUGACAAGCUCAUCGCUUCGAACGUCCAGGGACUACGCUUCGUGCCGUCCAUGCUCCGAUCGGAGCGAGCAGAGGUGGAGCGCAUGUUGGUGAAAGCAUUGCUCGGCGGACUGCUCGAGGGCUCAGCACUGGAAGCGGCCGCCAUUGGCCGGAUG